AUUCUAUAGGUCUGUGUCAGUUUGAUGGGGGAGGAUGACAUCCUCUACAUCACCGCCAGUUUUUAUCGACAAGGAUGGUGUGGCCGUGCGCUUCAAAAAAAGGAAAGCUCGCUUCACUUUCAGUGAGGUGCACAUCCUCCUGGAUGAGGUCCGCAAGAACCGCCACAUUGUUGUUGGCAAGUUUAACUAUGGUGUGCCGUCAUCUGUGAAGAAACGCACCUGGGCGGAGAUCACCGCUCGCAUCAAUGAGAUCGGCGAGUGUGAGCGCGAGGUCACAGAGGUCAUCAAGAAGUGGUCAGACAUGAAGUGUGACACCAAGCGCAAAGUGGCAGGCAUCCGCUCAAGGGUCACAAGCUUGCCAAAGAGGCGCUUCCUGCGCGAGUUCACUCCCACAGAGAACAUCAUCUGCAAUAUCUUAGAGUUGGACAACAAGCAGGGUGGACAACGGCCCAGUAACAGUAGCAACGGAAAUGGCAACAGUGCGGCAAUCGGUUUGGGUGAGGAAGAGGACGGGCCAGGGGAGGAUGAUGAUGAUAUGGACAUGGACAUAGCGGGGAUGGGCUCCCUGCACUGCUCGCCUGAAGCAGGGGAAGGGGACAGAGGGGUGGGUACAAGUGCCCUGGACUCACCCUCCACCAUGCCACCCCCAUUUGAAACAUCUGCAUCCACAUCUGUGCCUUCCACUUCCUCCAUGACUACGCCACCGCCACCACCACUGCCAGGUUCAAAAGACGACAACACUGAAGGCAAUUCUUUAUUUGAUAGCUCUGGAGAUACGUCGUUUGAAAUGAGUUUUGAAAUGCCUUUUACAGAAGACAGUAACCAGCAGGCGGACUUGGAAGAUGACCAGGCCAACACCUCACGCCUGUCCACUUCAACCCCAACUCCCACUGCCAGUGCCAGUGCCAACAACAACAACAGCAACACUAGCGUUGGGGCCGUGCACCGCUCCGAGACGUCCCUUUUCCCCCCUCCCUCUUCCUCUUCGACAGUUCCGCCUCCUCCUCAACCUCCGACCUCUGCGCCCUCCCUCAGCGUCCGACCUGCCGACCGGGACCGCGCGGGCGGUGGCAGUGCCGUGGCCGUGUGCGGCAUGGACGUGAGCCGGGCGGCGGUGAUGAGCGUGGAGGAGCAGCACAUGAGCAACGCGCUGCUGGAGACGGUGUCGCGCUCGCUGGAGCUGCUGGCCGAGUCGGUGCAGCAGCUGGCCGAGACGCAGCAGGAGUUCAUGAGCGAGUCGCUGCGGCUGCAGCGCGACACCGUGCAGGUGCUGCGCGACUUCGCCAGCGGCGCCAUGACGCUCAUGCACGACAAACUCAACGGCCGGCCCGCGCUGUAGCCACGGCAACCUGACUCUGUGCCAACUAAUGGUUUCCUGAGCGAAGGUGCUCAUUCCAGACAGAAGGUGUCCAAUACUACAGAACCGGCAACCCCCCAACAGGCUUCAUGGAUGGUGACAGCACUCGUCCACAACAAACUGAAACCAAGGAAACCAUAACCGUCAUCACCUUCCCACCUUAGCAACAUGUUCCAUAUUGCUAGGAUGGCUCAGAAUUGUCCAUGUUUGACUCUGGCUGCCUUGAGUGUGGACGACAGGUAUAUCAGCAAAGAGACGAGAGCCCAGUGGACUGCACUAGACGGCUAACAUGAACCAGCUCAGUGGACUGCUAGCACUGUUACUGCCUGAGCAGCUUGUUCCAAGGACUGCGGGAUCCAUAGCAACCGCCUCACCCCUCAACAGUGUCACUGCCUGGUUCAAUGGCGUGCUGGCACUGUAGCUGUGAGACAUGCUCUAGCUACAACAUUGGUGGACAUUGGUGACUGACUGUGAUGCAGGACCUAUAGCACCAAGCCUGGCUCUGCCACACCACAGCUUCAGUGUUCAUGUGGUCUGGGAACCCUUGUUUGUAGUUUUCUACCUCGUAGUGAAGUCAAUGGCUGAUCAUACAGACUGGGCUGGUUAAUCUUCAGCAACUACCAUAAGCAGUUAGGAGAAAUUGCAACAUGUUUUUCACGCAAGCACCUUUCAGCUCAGUGUCUAAGGGUGUUAUCCCUGUGGUAUGAGUACGACUGAUCUUUUCUUUGAUCAAGAUUCAGUUGAAUUCUUUGAUCUGUUGCUUUUAUGUGAUGUGUUGUAUAGCUUUUUUAGUUUUUACUGUGGAAGAUUUUAACUUUGAACUGAUUUUAUAACUAUUCAUUAAUUUGUCCCUAUCAAAUCAAAUCCUCAUCAAGGCCAAGGACUAUAUUCUGCUGUAUUAUAAACAGCACUUCUAUGAAUAAUCCAAUGGACCUGAUAGGCAGGCUGUUUUAAACCAAGGGUUUCCAGACUUUAAGUCUCAAAACUAAGAAUUGUGUUUGAACACAAAGUUCUCAAGGUAUAAGUUGUCAGCAUCUGGCUGUAUAACCACAGCAAGUCUCUGUAAAAGGUCAUGGGGAGGCCAGACUUAGUGGUUUUCUAUCAUUAAAGCCACACGAGCUUCAGUGAAUGUUAAGGCAGGUUCAGUUAGCUUUGGGGCCCAGUGUGUAGAGUAGCAGACUGUUACCUCCUGUAUGACCCAGACCCUUAUUCUUGUCAUUGUCUUGUAAGAACGAAAGUGGCCUCUCGAAUUAUGAAAGUGAAAGAAAUUUUAUCUUAAGGUUUGUGUGGUCUUUUUAUUGACUCUUCAUUUUGUCAUUUUCACACGGUGUAGGAUCAGUGUCUGUAAUGGAAUAUAAAUAACCAAAAAUAUAAUUUUUGUCUGGUUAUUUGCUUUUGAACAAUAGAGAUUCAUGCACAUUGUUUUUUUAUCACAUAACACAGGAAUUCAUUUCUGUGUGGAUUGUUAAAAGAUAUCAGUAUGAGCUUGCAGUCACAAAUGUUUGAAGUAUGGCUGCUCUUAACUCAGUAAAAUGCUUCAGUGUUGACACUGUGUCAAUCACUUAUUGAAUGAAUAAGAAGUACAAAAAUUGAACCCUUUCAUUUUACUGCUGGCAUCAUAUCACAGAAUCAUGAUAUACUGAACACUGAUGUUAAAACUGCUCUGUUUAAAUGCCUAUCACGUGGCUACAAAUGUAGAUGGUUCACUGCAGGUUUACAGUUGACAGAUUAUCAGGUGCUCAGUGAUUGCUAGAGGGUUAAGGGAAUUCAAGUUCUAAUCCAGUGUUGGAUUGCUGCUGUCUCUGUUCACAGGUGUGGUUCACCCAGGUGAACAUAAUGCACCGGUAUGUCAAAUGGACUUGUCUGCACAGAAGAAUACUACUGAACUUUUGGAAAUAACCGAUACAGUAUGUGAAGCUCAAACCUGUAUAUAUGUUUUAUUGGAAUUAUUGUGUCUUCUGGAAAUCAUUCUAGUGAGUUUUGUUUUGUUAAUUUAUAUUGCCCUCUAGUGGACAUUGGUACACUUGCAAAUCACAGCUCCUAUUGCGUAUGGACACUCUCAAAUGACACAUAAAGCACAAGAAAUUAUUGCCCAUUUGGUACUAUCCAAGGUUACUUUAAAUGUUUUGCUUGUAUUUUGAUUGGGAAGGACAGUGAAGGUUUCACUAGCAUAUCCCCAGUGUUAUCUUGAUUUCUAAUGGGCCUAAAAUUCACUCUGGGUGUCAUUGCCACAGUGAAAUGCCCUUGAGAUAAACUUCAGAGGCCCGCUUUAAAUAAUUUACUGCUGAUACAAAGAUGUUUAAAAUCAUAGUGAAAUUGUGUGUAACAUGCAUGCACAGAACAAUCAAAGCCUUUAUAUGUAAUAAGACAAAGAGUGUUUAAAAACAGCAGUGGUAGAUUAUUCCAUCAUUGGUUUGGUAUUAAAGGCCUAAUAAGCUAUGACUUAUUAUAUCAUGGACAGAAUUUUACAUUACAAAAACGGUGUAAAGGAAAGCAUUUGGUCAGCUUUUGUCAUUGGCUUUUGUUACACAUUAUCGAUUGACCAACAGUAUGGUUGAUAUUGCAUGACUUGGAGUUUGGCUGAAGCCUGUGUGGAAGAAUUGACAACAAUAUACCUGUUAUGUCACUGACAGGUUAUUACAGUUUAGGCCAAGUAAGCAUUUUCUUUAAAUUGAUACAAACCAGCAAAUUGUCUUACACAGAAGGUGAAAAGCUAUAGAAAUGCUAAAUAAAUAUCACUUUAUUUUUUACGGUUA